AUGGCUCCGAAGCGGAAGAACCAGCCCUCGCCUACUCCUGCGUCUACCCGGCCGACCAAAUUACGUCGAAGUGCCCGAAAUACCGCCACGCCGGCAACAGCUCCAGGACCAUCCGCUGCGGCGGAUACUGCUGAAACUACUUCAGAGUCUCCUAAUAUCCCAGGUGCUGACGCAACUCCCCAUGAUGUUGAGACCCCUGUUACCGAUGCCUCCAUGGCCGAAGGCACAUCUGCCGAUGCCCACCCCUCUGUGCUAGACGGCGCUCCUCCGGCAUGGGCUGAUGAUCGCCCCUCUCUUGCAUGUACUAUCCCAUGGUUCAACAGUACCCAGGCUGGAAUGUACUACAAAGACGAAUACUGUUGGGGCCUUCUCAUAGACGGGGACUGCGGAGCUCGUUCUUAUGUAGAUGAUGAAGUUGUCAUAACUAGACUCGGUGGCAGCAGCGAGAAAUUCAAAGGACAGCUUGUCGUGAAGAACGAUCAAGACGAAAAGGACAUACGCGUUAGGUGCAUUAUGAACAGCAAGAAAAGCGAACAAGUGAUCGGGCUCGUCAUAGGGAGUCAGAACAGUCUUUUGAACCGGAAACUUCCUCAUCGCUUUAACGUCAUGGGCUACUUCCAAAUUGCCAAGGUGUGGCCCGAGAAACAGGACGGGCGUGUCUUUUACAAGGUACGCUUUGAAAAGUUGGACAUCUCGAAGAAGAGCUGGUGGGCAAGGAAAGGCGUACCUGAUCCAAUACCACAUGAACAGCGCACUAUGCAGCCCGUGGAGAAAGUGUGCCCUAGUUGCAAAACGAAAGAAAUGCAGGUAUACAAGGAAGGAUGGACAUGUCUGAACAGGCAUUGCGGUGACUUCUGGAAGAUCAACGGCCAGGAUAUUAACAAUUCUAUGAACCUGAUGUUCCACGACGCCUUCCUCGAAUACCGGAUACCCCCUCUGAAAUGCCAGUCAAAUGCUCCCGUCCUGGUACCAGACCGACUAUCUGAGAUUUCUAAGAAAGAAGUGGAAGAGCCACACUUCAGCGUUUCAAAUGAAGCCAUGAGAGGGCUUGUAUGCCCUACGUGUCGCAGGUGCAUACCACGUCGGUUCUGGGAGGGCUGGAAGUGCACCGACGACUCUGCGGAUCAAGCCGCCAGUGUUGCAGUCCAUACUACCAACAAGUGCCCAUUUGAAAAGCGGCUUGAUAUCCAGAUACUCUCGUUAGACGAAGCGAUUGGAUCGGGGCCGGCCAAGGCCAGACGCGACUCAUCCGCUAGUUCCGGUUAUCUUCAACCAGAAACAAGUGACACGCUGCGUGCGCCUUAUACGAUACAUAUAUAUAAUGUUGAGGGCGCCGGUUACAUUGUGCAUUUCGUGGCGAAUAGGGAGAUCAACGAGGGCCGCGGCGGUCCCAAUGACCUGUUCAAGGAGCUACAGGAAACCAAGCUUGGGCUUCGACGAUACCCUCUAACACAGGCCGUGGUCCAAGGCACGCUCCAGGCUCAGUUUUCUGUCAACUAUGGCCUACCGUACAAAUUCGUCGUUCCUUCUGAUUCCCUGGCUUUCAAUGACGCCUGUGAUGCUAUACAUCGGGUUCUUGGCCGUUUGACAUGGGCCACGCAGAGUGCUGUGGCGAGCAAGGGGCAUACCACGGCGGAUCCCAACGAGCUUCUUGUGUUGGGGUAUUUCGAAGGUCAAAAGAUAGGCUAUCAUGACGAUGGUGAAGACUCCCUUGGUCCGACAAUCGCCUCCCUCUCCCUCGGCGCACCUUCCACCAUGAAGAUACGAAUGAAGUAUAAAUAUUACCAUGGCUUUACCAAACAAAAUCAGAACCUUCUUGACAUAGACCCAGUCCUUCCAAAGUGCGAGAACUACGAAAAACGCCUGGAACUCAAAGAAGAAUUCUAUAACCCGCCGGGAAUCGAGGAGUACAAGAAGCCGCCGGAAAAUAAGGAGGAGUACGAAGAAUGGAAGGCUGAAAGAUUUGGUAAGGGGCCAAAUGCUAAAAGCGAAUACAACAAGGCGUGGGGGGGAUACAGCAAAGCAUGGUGGGCAUCGCGUCACUCAAUUCCAAAGAAGGAGAAACGUGAUUCGCCGCCCGAUCUGAUCAAGAUGGAGUUGAAUCACGGGGAUAUGGUGGUUAUGCAUGGGGAAAAGUUGCAACAGUACUUUGAGCAUGCGGUUGAUGUGAAGGACAGUGGGAAACUGCGCUUUGCAAUGACAGCACGGCAUAUAAAACGCGACAUGGUCAAUGAGAGAGACUGGCCGAAAGGAGACUUUCACUUGACAGGAGAUCAAAUAUAUACUGGGGGCUGA